AUGUUCUUGUUCGAGACAAACGAGCAUCACCGACUGCACUCGAUCUCUCUCCUCAUCCAACUGGAUCUCGAUAACCAUCUCGACACUAAUUACGAGGACGAGGACGCUGGAGAGGAUGAUACUAGCUUCGAACUGCUCCUCAAGAUCCCAGACGACUAUCCAUCACAAAACGCAGCUCCUCGGCUCACCUUACUGGCUAAAUAUCUGGGCCCAUUCAGCGUCAAUGAAGCCUUAUUGGAGUCGAUCCGGAAGGCGUUCGAAGGCAAAUCUGCCGACGAGGCUAUCCUCUACGACGGAAUCGAGAAUGCGAGAGAGAUCCUCUCCGAGUUCUGUCGGACCCGUCAUCAGAACCGACGGGUCGAAGAAAGCGCCUCAGAGGAGGAAGUAGUUCCUAUGUAG